GCCUGACAAGCGUGAGGCUCCCCAACACUUAAAAAAAAAAAAAAAAAAUUGAAGUCGUGCAUCAUCAAAUGCAGAAUUUUUCUUCUGUGGUCUGAAGAGGAAGAAGAGAGGGAUUGCCAUCUUUGUUAAAUGAUGCGGUGUUACUGCAGCAGGUCAGUGGAGACAUCUCACCUACCACUUUGGGCACCACAGCCUAGUGGCUAUGAUGUGUGGCUUUUGUGGCCAACCAGUCCUGGUUUCCACUCUGGGAAGUCCCUGUUACCCCAUGUGCAAUUGAUGUCCCUCCCCUGAGCUUCAUUUUGUUCCUAUGUGAAGAGGAAUCCUGUUAAUACUGCAAUAAGGUUAGUACUCACUCUCCUCCCAAAACCCACACAUUCACAUACACACUUAUGCUACCAGGUACUUAGCAAGCACCCAAAUCAGCAUUUUUGCUUAGUAGUACCUAUUAGGUACUAAAUAAACACUUUAGAUUCUAGAGUUAGAGAAUGUAAUGAAAUAAGUAGAUGAGCUAGUUUCAAGUAUUUUAAUGGAAGCACAAGUGCUGGGGUGGGGUAGCAGGACUGGGAACAGUUGUGGGUGUCAAGAAAAGGCCCUCAGAAGGUGUAUCUGAGUAGAAGUGACUUAGGCUCAUGGCCUGUGGUGAUGGGUGCUGGGUUUGUAGAAAUGGCUGAAGCCAUUUGACAGACUCCUCCCUGACCACAAACUUGUUUUGUGUCCCGCCUCUGCCCAGCAAAAAAAAAGUUUGGAUCACUCAGUACAGAGUUGAGGGCCCUGGGAGUGGUGUGGAUCCUCUGGAGAAUGGUCUUCUGCGUGUGGGUCUCUAGUGGAAACAAGUUUACAGCUGUCUUUGAAGAGAUACAUGUGGCAAGAAGCUGAGGGAAACCUCUAGCCAACAGCUAAUGAGGACAGAGGCCCACAGUCCGGUUUCCACAAGGAACUGAAUCUUUCCAACCAUUGUCUGAGAGCUUGGAAUCAGAUCUUCCCCAAGUCCAGCUGUCGAUGGACCUGCACCCCUGGCUGACAGAUUGAUUGUAGCCUUGUAGGCCCAUAGGCAACUAGCUAAGCCAUGUUUAGACUUCUGACCCAGAGAAAUAGCUAUAAUGUGGUUUUAAGCUACUACAUUUUGGGAUAAUUAUUAUCCAGCAAUGGUCCAUGAUGGCGUGGUCCCCAGUGCUCCUUGGUGUCAUCCUCUUGCUGACUGCCUUUCCAGGGUCUACUGUCGCAGGCCGUUCCAUGCCCAAACUGGCUGAUCGGAAGCUGUGUGCUGAUGAGGAAUGCAGCCACCCCAUAUCCAUGGCUGUGGCCCUUCAGGACUACGUGGCUCCUGACUGCCGUUUCUUGACCAUACACAGGGGUCAAAUUGUCUAUGUCUUCUCAAAGCUGAAGGGCCGAGGGCGGCUUUUCUGGGGAGGCAGUGUUCAGGGUGAUUACUAUGGAGACCUGGCUGCCCGCCUAGGCUAUUUCCCCAGUAGCAUUGUUCGGGAGGACCAGACUCUGAAACCUGGCAAAAUUGAUGUGAAGACAGAUGUGAGUGUCCUGAGGGGUGGCAAGUUUCCUGGAGGAGGAGGACCCUUUGGUUGUGAUGAAAUGGGAUUUCUACUGUCACUGAGCUCAACCUACCGCGGUUCCUGCUGUUUUUCCCUCCUAGCCGUAUGCAAAUACAUUAGUUAGUGCAAA